AUGUCUGCUAUUGACACGGACAAAGGCGGCUUAUUCUUUGUGGAUGGACCUGGUGGUACUGGAAAGACUUUUCUUUACAGGGCACUGUUCGCUAAAGUACACAGUGAGAACAAGCUUGAUGUGGCGAUAGUUACAUCUGGUGUUGCCACCUCCAUCAUGCUUGGUGGAAGAACUGCCCACUCACGCUUCAAAAUACCCCUUACUAUUGAGGAUGGUGGAUGCUGUAGCUUCACAAAACAAAGUGGUACUGCCAAGCUGCUACGAACAACAUCUCUUAUAAUUUUGGAUGAGGCUAUUAUAACAAAGAGACAAGCGGUGGAGACUCUUGACAAAAGCUUGAGGGAUAUAAUGGAUCAGUCGGAGCUGCCGUUUGGUGGAAAGACUAUUGUUUUUGGUGGAGGGUCGAGGGCUCAGAUAGUCGAUGCUUCGCUACGGAGGUCAUACUUUUGGGAUUCUAUGCAGCCCUUAAAGCUGGUGCGCAACAUGAGGGCACAGAGCGACCCAUAG